AUGGAGUUGCCUUCUCUGUCCUGCGUUAUCCUUGCCAUUUCAAACCCUUUUCCUUUGUUUCUUCCUCCUAUUUAUCUCUCUCUAUCUCUACUCAAUCUCUCAUCGGCAUUCCUCAAUCUCCAAUUCCCCUAAAGUUUUUAUUAUUUUAUCGUGGAUUUUGUGAUUCCUGGCGCAGAUCUGGGAGGAGACUGCACUGGAAGUUCUGAUUUGGUGUAGUAUUUGCAGUCUAUGGUGAAUUUUAGGGUUUGCUGAUGCGGAUCUGAGCUGUUAUGGCGGUAAAUUCGGUGUUCAGAUCUGGUGAAUUGAACGCGUUUUAGAGAGAGGGUAGUGAUGGCGGCUUUGCUGAAAGUGCCGCCGCAGUCGUCCGGGGGCACCAACGGGUCGUGCAAGGCCGACGUGGUGGUGUCCGAUCAGUUUCCGGCGGGUCUUAGGGUUCUUGUUGUCGAUGAUGACGUCACUUGUUUGAAGAUCCUGGAGCAGAUGCUUCGACGGUGCUUGUAUCAUGUUACAACUUGCUCCCAGGCCACUAUUGCUUUAAAUAUACUUCGGGAGAAGAAAGGUUGUUUUGAUAUUGUGCUGAGUGAUGUUCAUAUGCCUGAUAUGGAUGGCUAUAAACUUCUUGAACAUGUUGGGCUGGAAAUGGACCUCCCUGUUAUUAUGAUGUCUGCUGAUGGAAGAACAAGUGCUGUGAUGAGAGGAAUUCGACAUGGGGCUUGUGAUUAUUUGAUUAAGCCUAUUCGUGAGGAAGAGCUCAAGAAUAUAUGGCAACAUGUUGUUCGGAAAAAGUGGAACGAAAAUAAAGAACAUGAACAUUCAGGUAGCUUAGAAGAUAAUGAUCGGCAUAAGCGAGGAGGUGAAGAUGCUGAAUAUGCUUCUUCUGUUAAUGAUGGAGCAGAAGGAAUAUUGAAGGGUCAGAAAAAGAGGAGGGAUUCUAAGGAUGAAGAUGAUGGCGAAUUGGAAAAUGAAGAUCCAUCUACAUCAAAGAAACCACGUGUGGUGUGGUCAGUGGAACUCCAUCAACAAUUUGUCAGUGCUGUAAACCAACUAGGAAUUGAUAAGGCUGUACCAAAGAGAAUUCUUGAAUUAAUGAAUGUUCCGGGGUUAACUAGAGAAAAUGUAGCAAGCCAUUUGCAGAAAUUCAGACUAUAUUUAAAGAGAUUAAGUGGAGUAGCACAACAGCAAGGCGGAAUUCCUAAUUCUUUCUGUGGUCCAGUAGAACCAAAUGUGAAACUGGGUUCGCUUGGAAGGUUUGAUAUUCAAGCUUUGGCUGCCUCAGGCCAAAUUCCUCCACAAACAUUGGCAGCCCUGCAAGCUGAGCUUUUAGGUCGACCAACAAGCAACUUAGUGUUGCCAGCGAUGGACCAACCAGCUCUUCUACAAGCCUCUCUACAGGGACCCAAGUGUAUCCCUGUUGAACAUGGUGUGGCAUUUGGUCAACCUUUGGUAAAAUGCCAGACAAACAUUUCCAAGCAUUUUCCACCCACCGUUGUAUCUACUGAGGAUGUUCCUUCAGGGUUUGGAGCAUGGCCAUCUAAUAGCCUUGGUACGGUGGGAACUAGUGGUUCUCUUGGAGGAUUGAGUGCUCAGAAUAAUAACAUUCUGAUGGAUAUGUUGCAUCAGCAGCAGCAGCAUCAACAGCAACAACAACAGCAGGCUGUGAUACCAGAGCCCAGUCGUUCAAUUAAUGUGCAGCCUUCCUGCCUUGUGGUGCCGUCUCGCACUUCAGCUAGUUUUCAGGCAGGAAAUAGUCCUGCUUCGGUUAAUCAGAACUGCAAUUUUAACAGAAAUGCUGUUAUUGAUUACAGUCUUCUGACACCUCAGUCAAACAAUUCCUCAUUGAGUGUUGGACAAAUCUCAGAUGGGGAUCUAAAAAAUACAACUGUUCUUGGUGGGUUUUCAGCCCCAGGUUCCAUUUCUCCAUCAGUGUCAUCUUGCUCAGUAAAUGCUGGCAAUAGCACCACUCGGCCAGUUCAGAAUUCAACUGUAACCUUUGCUGCUCCCAGACAGUUGCCUGGGGUUGUAUCUAAUAUUUGCGAUAUCCAGGGCUCUUAUGGGGCUAGGUCAGGUGAAGUUCUGGAUCAAGGACUGCUUAGGAAUCUUGGAUUUGUUGGUAAAGGAACAUCCAUUCCAAGCCGAUUUGCUGUUGAUGAACCUGAAUCACCAAUAAGCAACUUGAAUAAUGGAAAGGUCUAUGGGGAGAAUGAAGGAAACAGAGUGAAGCAGGAGCCAAAUCUUGAUUAUAUGGAGAAUGCUAGAGUGGGUGUCCCUAUGUUACCACAUUUUACCCCAAAUGAUCUAAUGAGUGUUUUCUCAGAUUAGGCUUGAAUUGCAUGAUAAGCAGAAGGCUUUGAUUCCCUAGGAUGAUACAGAUUGUUUCUUGUGACCAUGUGUUGAGAAGAUAUUCCAGUUGAAUUCUGUGUAUUAGUUUUACUUCAGGCGCAAAUUCUCAGUGCCUGCUCCAAACUCAGGUGCAGGAGCUAAGAACCUAAAUAGUCAGUAUCCUCCAUUCUGAAAGGCGAGAAUUGAAAGAUGAAUUUCCUUUGUUAUGAUAGUCUCUGGACAGUGCUUGGGUAGGUUCUACAUACAUCCCAGUCAAGUAUUGUUACCUUUAACUAGUUCGUAGGAAAAUAAGUUGUCAAAGACUCCAGCCGCUUGAAAAUGGUGUCCGACAUGAAGGCGUUUUGCCAAUGUAACUGAGUAGUUAUAUGGGUUAUUGAUGUCGAAAUGCUCAUUUUUUUA